CCAGGAGUGGGAUGAUGCAUGAUCUGAUAGAACCAUCUCAUCAUAACUGCCUGACUGGGUGUGCAAGCACCUACAACGCUGCAAGACGAGGAAGCAGACCUUUAAACCUUCUUCAUCCAACCAUUAGGGAAGAAGAUGGAGUUGAGAAUGAAGAGCAAGGAAAUGGGGAUACUGAAGAAAGUAGAAAGUAUGCAGGAGAAAGAAGGCGGAGCAGUUUCUGUUUGGCUAAACUGGCUCCGCCACCACCUGAUCCUAUUGAAGGAAAUUACAAGCUUCUGGACUCUCAAAACUACCAGGAAUACUUGAAAGAGAUUGGAACUGGUCCUCUCAGCACACUUAUGGUGAUGCGCGCUAAUGUGCGCAUAGCUAUAGCCCAGGAAUUGGAUAAAAGAUGGAAGAUCAGUGUAGAAACUUCAAUCAAGGCUAAAUCUGUGAAUGGCUACAGCACUUUCUCUACUAAGGUUACUGAGAACAAAUUCAAGGUCGGUGAACCCACCCCUGAACUAGUUGAAGACUGGGACCAGAGAUUUAUUGUCUCAACACUCAGUCGAGAGGAGGGUAGGUUGCAGUUAGAGCAGGUAGCAGAAAAAGAUCAGGAAAACUCACUUUUAUUUGAUAUUUCUUCAAAAAUCUAA